UGGCUGGCCGACAUAAUGUAUCCAUUGAACGCCUAGCGCUUGUAUCCAUUCACUUGCUGGUUGAGACAGAGUGCGCACCAAGGACUAGAGCAGAGGACGCAGCGAGCAAGGAAUAAAUAUAGAAAGGAAAUAAAUCUACAAGGCAAUCUUGCGAUCGAUAUUCUCCUGGAUAUCGCGAUCGAUUUGCGCGCGAGAGAAAAAAAAAAUCGAAGGCGAUAGAAGAGAGGUUAUAUAACAACAAGACAACGUCAGUGGCUGCAGCUCACUCACUGGCUACUAGUGUGAGUCAUUGAUAAAUGCAUAGACAUCCUAAGCACAGUUGCAUGAAUGGAGUGGAAGUAGAGCGAGUCUGCGCUUGACAUAACCGAACACCGAACAUUUAAAUCAAUAGCGUUAUAUGAACAAUUCCUGAGUUUUCAUUAUAUAAGAAGAGACUUUCAUAACGUUUCUCACGAGAUUUCAAUGCUUCAUACCUGAGACAUCAACAGCCUCUUGCAGCGCUUCUUCUCCGCAGUUUUAGCUCGUACGGUACGGUAACCGCAAUUUUACUAAUGCUCGAUAAGUUCAAACCCGUGCAGUUCGAUUCGGUCAUGGCUAUAAGCAAGACGGUAGAGUGGCUCAAGGAGCAACUAGAGACGCGCAAGGACUGUUUGCUGGUUAUGGACUGCCGAACGCAAGAGCUUUAUGAGUCGUCGCACGUCGAAAUGGCCAUUAACGUUGCCAUUCCGAGCCUCAUGCUCCGGCGACUGAAGAAGGGCAAUCUGCCCAUAAAGUCUCUGCUUUCUAACGGAGAAGACCGGGAGAGAUUCGCGCGGAGGUGCAAGACGGAUACGAUAGUGUUGUACGACGAGUACAGCCGAGAGUGGAAUGAGAAUAUAGACGGCGGCUCUGUGUUGGGUUUGCUGCUGAGGAGAAUGAAGGACGAGGGUUACAAGGCAUUCUAUCUUGAGGGUGGUUUCAGCAAAUUUCAAGCUGAAUAUCCAACGCUGUGCGAGACGAACCUCGACGGUUCAUCCAGCAGCAGUUCACCGACCUCCCAGGUCCUCGGACUCGGAGGUCUCCGGAUCAGCUCCGACUCCUCGGACAUUGAGUCGGAUAUCGACCGUGACCCGAUCAGCGCCACCGACUCGGACGGCAGCCCCCUGUCCAAUCCCCAGCCCUGCUUCCCAGUGGAAAUCCUGCCGCAUCUUUAUCUGGGCUGCGCGAAGGACUCUACGAACCUGGAUAUUCUGGAAGAGUUUGGCAUCAAGUACAUCUUGAACGUGACUCCUAAUCUGCCCAACAUGUUCGAGAACGCUGGAGAGUUUAAGUACAAGCAGAUUCCCAUCUCGGAUCACUGGAGCCAGAAUCUCUCCCAGUUUUUUCCAGAAGCCAUCAGCUUCAUUGAUGAAGCCCGUGGACAAAAAUGUGGCGUGCUUGUUCACUGCCUGGCAGGUAUCAGCCGUUCCGUCACAGUGACGGUGGCCUACCUCAUGCAGAAGCUCAACUUGUCCAUGAACGAUGCUUACGACAUUGUUAAGAUGAAGAAAUCUAACAUCUCCCCUAACUUUAACUUCAUGGGCCAGCUCUUGGACUUUGAGCGUACGUUGGGCCUCAAGAGUCCUUGUGACAACCGCAUGGCAGCUCCAUCCCAGCCGUUGUACUUCACCACACCGACCAACCACAACGUCUUUCAGCUGGACCCACUUGAGUCCACGUGAGGUCUUGCCAUGGUGACCCCCUUUUGGCUCUAAAAGUGUUUGAAUCUUGAAACAAGGUUUCUCUUUUUCGACGCCUGUCAAAGGGUUCCUCGUGUUAUUGAUAGAGUUGGCUUGAGAAGACAGCUGACCAGAGUAGCCACUGAUGGGGCAUGUGGUGUGCCCAGUGCAUAUAAGCUGCUGUUUAAUGGAGAAAGAGAGCAGACAUUAUCUGUGACUCUGUAUCUCCAGGACUCUAUAAAG